AGCGAGAAGUAAACUGAACAGCAUGUGCCCUGUGUUGUUGUAAAAGUUAACACGACUUAUAGUGAUAAUUAAGACUUUUGUUAUUAUAGCCAUAAUGAGCUUUAACCUAUUAAUUAGUUGGCAGGUGCUUUGUGUUUAUCUGAUAUGUCUGAAAUCUGUUUUAUCCCUUGACAGUGAUCCAGUAUUCUUAGAAGAUGAAUUACCAGUGGAAACGAUCGAAGAAGUCCACGUAGCAGACAGUUUUCACAAAGCUGAUGACUUUCAUAACGAUUAUAACGAUUUUUAUGAUUUUGAUGUUAUUGAUAUCGAAGGCGAUAAUGUAUCUUUAGAUACAUACCGAGGAAUGGUGACCUUAGUUGUAAAUGUGGCUAGUGAAUGUGGUUAUACAGAUGGACAUUAUCGUAGUUUAGUUCGCCUUCAGAAUAAACUUGGUCAACAUAAUAAAUUUUCAGUAUUAGCAUUUCCUUGUAAUCAGUUUGGUGAACAAGAACCAGGAACAAGAAAAGAGAUUCAAGCUUUUACUAAAAAAUACUAUCAUAUUAAUUUUCCAUUAUUUGAUAAAAUAAAUGUUCUUCCACCCAAUGUAGCAGAGCCAUGGGAAUUUCUAAUAAAAAGUGCUAGAGUUGCUCCUAACUGGAAUUUCUGGAAGUAUUUAGUGGAUGAAAAUGGACAUGUUUUAAAUGCAUGGGGACCAGCAGAAUCAGUGGAAGAUAUAUUCUAUGAAGUGAGAGAUGCUGUUAAUAAAAUUAGUACACAUGCUUAUGAUGAAUUAUAGAACAAAUAAAAUUGUUUUUCAUACAUGUAUGCCCACAUUGAAAUAUGGUUGUAUAUCGGUCCAUGGUCUACAAUUGCUUGUUAAUGCUCUUGAGGCUAAAGUUAUCAACUGAUUAUACAUAAGGUUUAAAAUUAGUCAGAGUUUUUGACGUUGAGCACUUUGAAAAAUCUUCUUGGGCAUAUGUUUUGUUGCAUGGUAAUUGGUAACAUAUCUUUAUUUUUCGUUAUUAAACAAAUUCAAAUUUUUACUAGACAAGGUACUGUACUUAAUUGAUAAAUACAAGAUUUGUCAAAUGAUAUACAUUUGUUUAAGUUUCAGUAGGCUAAUAACUGUUUAUAUUUCCACAUAUAGCUUUGUUUCUGAAUAUUAUGUUAGUAUAAUUGUGGAAUUUGAUUGUAUUCUAUGCAGAUUUUCAUUGUAUAAUUGUCAGGUCUCUUCUCCACAUAUAGAUGACUAUUAUAUGAAUAUCUUCUAUAAUGAAUUGACUUUUCAUAUUCUUGUUUAUACUAAAUUAGAAGAUUGUUUUGUAUAUAUUUUUUAUUCCAUUUUAAUGGAAGUUUCCAUAGUAUAUUGGUGUUCUAGUCUCAGUGACCUGUUACACUUUUCUAUAAAGUAAUAAUACAAAUUUUAAAAUGGCAAGAUUGUAAAAAUAAAAUAUCAAAUUAAUUAAAUUUGAUGUGUUAAUUUGUUUAGGGUAGUAGGUAUUUGUCUACCUGUAAAGUUUUAGGUGCACAAAUUGGAUUGAUGUUGAGAUAUAAAUUGCAGUCAACAGUUUAAGCCACAAAAUGAAACAGAAAUUAGUAAAUAAACCAACUUCUUUGUUAAAUUUUGAAGUGAAAGUUUAACAGUAUAUAGAUCUUGCCUCAUUACUAAUCGAAAUAUCACGUCAAUUCAACACUUUAUUUUGGCUUCAAUCAAAGAGGUUUAGCUCCUUAAUGUGUUCUCUCGUACCUGGUACAUAUACUUACUAUGAUAGACUGGUGCAUACUGCAAAUAUUUUUUGUUCUACCAUUAAAUGAUUAUUGUCCUAAUUGUAUUUUGAUAUUAUCUUAUGGUGUAUGUUAAUCACUUUAGCGCCUUAGCUUCAGUACCAUGAAAAUGUCUUUCUUGUUGUGGUAUAAUCAAUCUACAGUAUUCGGUGUUUAAUCAAUUAGUGUUGUUUUUUAUAUUGUUUGGUGGAAGCCUUGUUAUUGUUCCACAGGAUAAAUAAAAGCAUAAUAAUAUCUACGUACAUAGCAUUGUAUAAAUAUUUGUUUUAUCAUCUUAACAUGAGUUGGCGUAAUACUCUAAUAUUCAUGUUUUAAUUCUAGUCCAAAUUAUUCUAUACAUCUUGGUUUGGUUUUUGAACCUUAUUGAAUAAAUAUUUUAUUACAAGUAA